AUUUCUACAGUUUGGCGUCAGCAGAGGCGCGCGGACAGGAUCCUGUUUCAGGUCGUCUCCUAUUGGCUGGUUUUCGCGGUGAUGCGCAGCUCGGAGCCGUUAAAUGCCGCAGACGCAGCUUCUGCAGGAGGAGGCUGCAGUCAGGAACACCGUCAGUGCAGCUGCAGCCGCUCCAGCGUUUGUCUGCUCUCGGAAACAACUCUACCCGGAUUUAAAAGUCAUCUAUAGCAGUUCUAGUGUUAGAAAAUCUAUUUUGAAAAUGUCUGUUUUUCCAAAAAAGAUGAACGUUUUUGAUCUUCAUCAUCAUCUCGACCUUUAAAGAAAUGCUGUGUUUGGGAGAGUCGAUGGACUGUUUCCGGGACCACAUGCAGUCCAUGGUGAGGUCCCUGCAGGACCUGAAGGAGAUAAGCAGGCCGAGGCCGCUGAGUGACCCCUGCGCUCGCUCCUUCGCCGCCGCGCAGCUCUGCAGACGCCCGGCGCAGCUGGAGCGUCUCACCCGCCUGCGUUUCUCCGACGCCAGCGAGUCCAACGCCUACGACUCCGCCUGCUGCCUGGCGGAGGAGCAGGAGCAGCAGGAGCAUGAGCGGCUGGCGCGAGGCUCCCCCAGCAGCGAGCAGAGCGUGGACUUUGACUCGGGUUACUCCGAGGCCUCCUGGCAGGACGAAGGGGUGGUGCUGAGGCGGACCAGGAACAUGCGGGUCUCCUCCUCGGCUUGCGUCCGCACAAACAGAGGACCGUCCUGUCGGGUCCGGCCAAAAUCAACCUCUGAUGCUUGCUUGGAACGUUGGACUUCAUUUGAAGCCAGUGAUCUGGAAGACUGGACCACAUCACUGCUGAGCCGCAGCAGGACCCGGCAGCCGCUGGUUCUGGGGGACAACAGUUUUGCUGACUUAAUAAAGAACUGGAUGGACUUGCCAGACUGCCCCGAGCCAGCAGAACUAAAGCCCAGCGCGGGCCGGCGUCUCGCUAAAGACAUUUUGGGCAACAUGAGGAGAAGGCUGGGCGGGAAAGCUAAAGGGGUGGAGCUCAGGCCGCGGCCGGUGGACUGCAGGAGGCUGGACAGAGCCGCAGACGCUCCCCAACGCAUGUCCUGUCCCGUUGAGGCUCUGAAACCCGUCUGCCACCAGAAUCACAGCAGGACCCGCGAGCAGGACUCCGACUUCUACCAGUUCACUGCUCUGAUGAAGACCGGCAGUCGACAACCCAUCAUAUGCAACGACAUUAUCGGAUACAUCUGAGUCGAUGAUGACUGAGCCGGGAUACAAAUAUGUUUGAUGUUUCACUGCUGCAGUUUUUGUAAAUGUUCUCCAAGUUUACUCUGGGAUCAAUGAUGCAACGUUCAGUUUUUUUAAAUCACCCUACUUUCCUGUCAAAUUGUUUACUUAUGAGAAAAUAUUAUUGUUUACAUCA